GACGCGUUGUUGGGCCCGUCGAAGCGAGAGGUUGCGCUCCAGAAGCAGGUGGACACCAUGCGGGCACAGCUUCGGGACUUCAAGAAGCAGCAGCACGCCACCCGCGAGGAUGAAGACGACGAGAAGCCCGUGGACCUGGACAAGCUCUACAGGUGGGCUCAAUCGUGCAGAUCCGAGUGGGGAGACCAGUCCACUGAGUACCUGCAAGCGCAUGAGCGCUACAUGCGGGCCAAGGACGCCAAGCAGAGCACGAAGCCGCACUCGGUCCAGCUCACCAAGGCACGGGUUGCCAGGGAGAAGCUCGAGAAGGAGGAGGCGGCCAUCUAUGGCGAGGUCAAGCGGCAUCAGAAGGCAACGCAGGAGGCGCAGGAGAAGCUCGCCAAGAAAAGGGAGCAGCUCGAGGUCGCAAAGGCCAAGGAGUCGGAGCUCAAGGUGCAGGACGUCUUCAUCAAGGGUAAAGGCUUCCUCACGGCGAUGCAGAAGCAGUACGAAUGGGCCGUCGAAGGAAGCGGCAUCAGCAAAGAGGAGCACGAGCACGUGUUCGCAGCACUCGCCAGGGUGCUGGACAACGUCAGGGAGGAGCCCAAGGAAGACAAGGACGGCAUGGGCACUGAAGAGGCGCAACCAGAGGUGGACAAGCAGGACGCGAGCAGGGACCUCAGCUGUCGCCAGAAGAACAAGAGCGGCUACAUGCAGGUGGGGUGCCUGAGGCACCGCCAGAACAAGUUCGAGAGCAUCACCCUGUGGACGUUUAGCGGCUCGGGGUGGGGUACCCUCAAAGAGAGGUUCGAGAACUCAGAAGGGGGCCUGCUGCAGUGCUACGCAGUGCAAGAGCAUCGCCUCACGGGCGACAAGAUCGCGGUCGUGUCGCAGAGCAUGAAGGCGAAGGGGUACCAGUUCGGCGGGGUCGCAGCGAACCCGACGAUAGGUCCAGGUGGAGAAGCAGGCACCUCUGCGGGCGUGGCGGUCGUGGCGCCCAGGUGCAUCGGCAUGACGCAUAUGUUUGGCAAGGAGAAGUGGGAUUUGUCACCGCGAAACAGCCCAGGGAUGGCUGCAGCGGCAUGGCUAUCGGUCGGCAAGGGCAUCAUCUACGCGACGGUCUACCUGUGGACGGCAGAUGGGAUGUCGUUCAGGAACACGGAGAUCAUCAAUAAGGUGGAGAGCGUCAAGAUGGCCAAGGCGCGGGUAGUCGCGUCAGGGGCCAGUUGUGGUACGUGCAGACAUGCGUACGGCGUGAGCGAGAUCGACUACUUCAUCGUGGCGGACAGCCUCGUCAACCAGGUGAUGUACGUCAGAGCGCAGGAGGAGUGGCCGUCGGCGCCCCACAAGCCAGUGGGGCUAACACUCAGGCUCAAGGCGCAGGAGCGAAUGGUCAGGGUUUUGGAGAAGCCAAAGAAGCUGCCAGAGCUGGACAUCGGAUGCACCCCAGCGCCGCCGCAGUAUCAAGAGAUCGCGAGCUUCAGGUCGCAGGAGGUGGCCAACCAGGAGUGGAGGCAGUACAUGCAGACGUUGGAGCAGGAGACCUUCGCAGCACGAGGACUCGAAUGGGCACCCGACCACCCUGCAGCAGGGCGGGCCGAGGAGCCAACAUGGAGGAUCAAGCCGCUAAGUUUCGGUGGUGCCAACGCGCCGCCAGCCGCCAGGGAAGCAGUUUGGUGGAGGUGGCUCGCGAGGACGCUACAGAGCUUGCAAGGGGCAUACGCGAGACUCAAGCUGGCGAGAACUGGCGACAUUCAGAGGCGCCGACAGGAGGAGGCAAUCGCGCAGGAGCACCAGUUCAUCAUCACGCACCAGAGGACCAAGCACCUCAAUGCAAAGGAGCAGGGGAGGUGGCCGGCCAGGUGCGGACUGCUGGCUGCUGGGCUACUCCGAGGAGCGCAGCAGGAAGCGAAGUUGCAGCAAUGGAUGCAGGAGAGCCAGGGCAAGAUGAAGGGGUACGACCAGCAGCUGCUCAAGGAGAGGCGAGCACGCUGGGCAGACAGGCUGCAGGAGGCGGCAGCAGGAGCAGCGGGUGGUCUACACAAGUUGAGCAAGGCUGCACCAGUAUGGAGACCGCGUAGGGCAGGCUCCAUGGAGGACUCGGCGGACCCCAUCGAGGCAGCGGAGUACACCCUCAAAGAGUGGAACGUGGUCUGGAGGGUCGGCGAGCAGAUCCAGAAGGUGGAGCGGCCGUGGGAGCGCGAAGAACGUGACAAGCUCGAGCCCUUCACAGACCAGGACGUCGACAAGCUUAAGGAGGUUGCGCGCACCUUCAGGAAAAAGACGGGGGUCGGAGUCGACAGGUGGCACCCUUCUAUGCUGCAGGGUGCGUCGGACGAGGCCUACGUCAAGCUGUUGGACUUCUACAUGGAGGUGGAGCGGACGCUGCGCUGGCCCAUCCACAUGGGCACUGUGCUAUUCUUCAUGAUCCCGAAGACCUACACCACGGACAGGGUCAUCGGGCUUCUGCCCACUGCCAUAAGAGUGUGGGAGAUUAUGCGAGAGCCGUACAUGGUCGAGUGGGCCAAGAAGAACUAUCGGAGCUGGGCGUUGCUCAGCCACGAGAUGGACGAUGUCGAGGAGCAGAGCGAGGAGACGCCGGCGACGGUUACGGCCGUUCUGGACUUGGUAAAGGCUUUCGAGAAGGUCAGCUUGCACGUGUUGUGGGAAGCGGGAAAGCAGCUCAAUUUCAACACAGGGGUGCUAGCUGUGGUGUGCUCAGCCUUCGCCAUGACCAGGCGCCUCAUCGUAGGGGACUCGGUGUCCAGUGAGACCGAGACGGUCACCGCCAUCAUCGCGGGUAGCAAGUUCUCGGUAUGCUUCCUGAAGAUGGUCAUACAGUCCACGGUGGAUGGCCUGGUAGCCGAGAGACCGAGGGCGCGCUGGAGGAUGUACGUGGACGACCUGUGCGUGCGGCUGCGACAGCAGCAUAGGUACAUAGUCACGGAGUUCGGAGAGACGAUUGACAGCUGCUUCCGAGGCUUCGAGGGGCUAGGCUUGAAGUUCUCCGUGGGCAGCAAGGGCAAAGGUGCAGUGAUGGCGAGCACCAAGUGGGCGCGAAGGGCCGUGACAGGGCCGAUGCAGGAGCGAGGCUUGCCAGUGGUGAGGGCAUGUCCAUACUUGGGGGUCGACAUCGUCACGCACGGCACGGCGGCGAAGACCAAGAGCGGCAAGAGGCACGCUGUCAUGAAGGUCAGGAGUCGUAGGCUGCUCGCUCUAAAGGGCGGGCGAAAAAUGACCAAGGGUGUUGGCUUGGUGUACAAGUGUGGCCUGAAGCGCUCGGUUAUGUAUGGAUGCAAGUGCUUGGGCAUGCCAGACUACCAGCUCCGACAGCUACGGCGAGAGGAGGGUUUCGUGUUGAACAUGCAGGAGGUGUGCCCCAUGGACAUCGCGGCGAUGGUGCGCAAGGACGUGCAGGCAACCCUCUGGGAGGAAUGGGCGCAGGCGGAGGAGUUCAAGAGCCUGGGCCCAAUGCCGUUGUUGGCGCCAGCCGUCGCGCAGCUACGUGCACGUGAUUUCCCGAAGCACGCGAGGAAUGCGGCGAAGAAGAUCUUCGUCGGAGGUGCGUGGACUAUGGAGAAGCUGUGCAGGUGCAACAUCGUACCCACGGACAUUUGCUUGGCCUGUGGUGAGGCGGUGGGCACCGCGCAUCAUCGGCACUACAAGUGCCACGCGCUCAGGGGCCAGAGGCUGCAGGCGCAGGCGGACUGGCAGCACGUGGCGGAGCAGCAGGACACCAACACGCUGUGGACGCGCGGGCUGGUGAGGUCGCCAGAGGCGGACUGGAAGUUCGUGGGAAUCGAGGAGGACCAGUACUACGGACAAGUGGUCGACGGUGAGGAGGACUAUUUCACAGGCGACAUCGUCUGCGACGGCUCGAAGCUCGGGUACAGCGACUGGGCGCAGACGGGCUGGGCAGCGAUGUCCCUCAACGACAACGGCACCGCGAAGAUGCAGAUGUGGGGUCCGCUGCCGUGCUCGCUACCGAUCCACAGGAGGGUUAAGAGAGCCGAGAUGUGGGCCUUCCUGAAGGUGCUGGAGCGAAUGCUGCCGCCAGGACAAGUCUAUACAGACCACAAGGGCAUCGUGGAGGGCUUGCAGAGAGGAGAGCGGUGGUGCACGAGCUGGAAGCGCCCACACGCAGACCUGUGGCGAAGGAUAUGGCAUAAGGUGAAGGACCUGGACCUUGACAUUCAUUGCGUGAAGCACGUGAAGGCCCACAGGUCCAAGAGCAGGAUCGGGCAGCUCGAGGGUGAGGACCUGAAGAUUGCGAAGGGCAACAGCGAGGUGGACCUGCUGGCAAAGGUGGGCGCGGAGAUGGACGCACACUGCGGCAAGCACCAAGCGCUGGAGGACCUAGCAGG